CCCACCCCUGCAUAUUCCUCCCCAGCCCGGAGUCUGGGGGACACGGGGAUAACGCCUCUGUCUCCCUCUCACAUCGUGAACGACACUGAUACCAACGUCUCCGAGGAGCAGACAUACCUGGUGGUGGUCGCCAUUGAUUUUGGGACCACAUCCAGUGGCUAUGCGUACAGCUUCACCAAGGAACCAGAAUGCAUCCACGUGAUGAGGCGAUGGGAAGGUGGGGACCCGGGUGUGUCCAACCAGAAGACUCCAACCACCAUCCUGUUGACGCCGGAGAGGAAGUUCCACAGCUUCGGCUAUGCUGCCAGGGACUUCUACCAUGACCUGGACCCCAACGAGGCCAAGCAGUGGCUGUACUUGGAGAAGUUCAAGAUGAAGCUGCACACCACUGGGGACCUCACCAUGGAGACAGACCUGACUGCGGCAAAUGGCAAGAAAGUCAAAGCCCUGGAAAUCUUCGCUUACGCCCUGCAGUACUUCAAGGAGCAGGCCCUGAAGGAGCUCAGUGACCAGGCGGGUUCAGACUUCGAGAACUCUGACGUCAGGUGGGUCAUCACGGUACCGGCCAUCUGGAAGCAGCCGGCCAAGCAGUUCAUGAGACAAGCGGCGUACCAGGCGGGCCUGGCCUCCCCUGAGAACUCGGAUCAACUCAUCAUCGCCCUGGAGCCUGAGGCGGCCUCCAUCUACUGCCGGAAGCUGCGGCUGCACCAGAUGAUCGAGCUGAGCGGCAAGGCUGUGGUCAACGGGUACAGCGCCAGUGACACAGUGGGAGCUGGGUUUGCACAGGCUAAGGAACACGUACGGCGUAACCGGCAGAGUCGGACCUUUUUGGUGGAGAAUGUCAUAGGAGAAAUCUGGUCCGAGCUGGAGGAAGGUGACAAAUAUGUGGUUGUGGACAGUGGAGGUGGCACCGUGGACCUGACAGUUCACCAGAUACGGUUACCAGAGGGACAUCUGAAGGAACUGUAUAAAGCAACAGGUGGGCCCUACGGAUCUUUAGGAGUCGACUUUGAGUUUGAAAAACUACUGUGUAAAAUAUUUGGAGAAGAUUUUAUCGAACAGUUCAAAAUCAAGCGCCCUGCGGCCUGGGUUGACUUAAUGAUUGCAUUCGAGUCUCGGAAGAGGGCAGCUGCCCCGGACCGAACUAACCCCCUGAACAUCACCCUGCCCUUCUCCUUCAUCGACUACUACAAGAAGUUUCGGGGACACAGUGUGGAGCACGCCUUGAGGAAGAGCAAUGUGGACUUUGUGAAGUGGUCCUCGCAGGGAAUGCUGAGGAUGAGUCCUGACGCCAUGAACGCCCUCUUCAAGCCCACCAUCGACAGCAUCAUCGAGCACCUCCGCGACCUGUUCCAGAAGCCCGAGGUGUCCACGGUCAAGUUCCUGUUCCUGGUGGGCGGCUUCGCGGAGGCGCCGCUGCUGCAGCAGGCGGUGCAGAGUGCGUUCGGCGACCAGUGCCGCAUCAUCAUCCCGCAGGACGUGGGCCUCACCAUCCUCAAGGGCGCCGUGCUCUUCGGUCUGGACCCCGCGGUCAUCAAGGUGCGGCGCUCGCCGCUCACCUACGGUGUGGGCGUGCUCAACCGCUAUGUGGAGGGCAAGCACCCGCCGGACAAGCUGCUGGUCAAGGACGGCACGCGCUGGUGCACCGACGUCUUCGACAAGUUCAUCGCAGCCGACCAGUCGGUGGCGCUGGGUGAGCUGGUCAAGCGGAGCUACACGCCGGCCAAGCCCUCGCAGCUGGUCAUCGUCAUCAACAUCUACAGCGCCGAGCACGACGGCGUGAGCUUCAUCACCGACCCCGGGGUGCGCAAGUGCGGCACGCUGCGCCUGGAUCUGACGGGCGCACCGGGCACCGCACCUGCGCGCAGGGAGAUCCAGACGCUCAUGCAGUUCGGGGACACGGAGAUCAAGGCCACGGCCGUGGACGUCGCCACCUCCACCAGUGUCAAAGUGGGCAUCGACUUCUUAAAUUACUAAUGAGCCGGGGCCCCUUCCCAGCCACCUGCCCACGUGGACUCAGCUCACCUGCAGACCUCCGUCCUGACUGCUUUAUCCCCCCCUUGACCUUGACCCUAGCCAUGACCUCCCUGACUUCAGCGGCCAAGAUGGGAA